AUGCAGCGUCACCAGCCCCCACGAAGCUCCUCUAGCAGCGAUGUGUCAGACUGCGAGAGCUGCUUCGAUGUGGAGGAUAAAGUUCGGGGCGGCGACUCCGAUACUAAUCCGACGGAUGUUGACACCGAUAUGGAUGGCCACCCUCUAGAGUACUACCUUCAUCAAGAGAAUGAUUCCGAGUCUGACGAUGAGAUUGAGGACUACAAGGACAAUAGUCUUCGUCUCAUCGACGGCAUCGAGCAACGAUUUUACCGUCAGCCUCUAUCCCUUCACCUGCCGUCUCCCUGCACUCGUAUCGCUAACUUGACUAACUUACAAGUAUUGUAA